AUGAUCACUUAUUAUUUUAAUUGUGAAUGUCAACAUGGGCCGCUAGAAUGCGAAUUGAAUCAGCUUAUGAACUGCGUAAUUGACAUGGUUAAGAAUCCGCAUCAAUAUGUUCCAGUAAUAUCUUGCAUUCAAGGAAAGCGUGAUCUUCAUUCAGCCGGAUUAAAAUGCUUGUCGAAACUUCUUGUGCCCAUUAAAAGUAUCUUACUAUGCGCUGAAGGAAAAAAAGGACGAAGACUUCUGGCAAAAGCAGGUAUAGAAACAAAAAGUUUGCAGCCACCACUAUAUUUCAUUCCUUGGAUUAUGAUCAAUGAAGCACGCUCGAGUGAUGCAUUCUACGAUCUGAAAAAGAAUCUUUGUGAUGCGCUAGAUCCCAUACCGGACCAAUGCAAGGAACAGCAAUAA